AUGGUCAGCAAGCGGCUCUACCAGGUGGUCGUGAACAACUUCCUCAUCGUCGUGGUGGUACCUGUCACAGCCGUCGUUCUUCUCCGCAAAGCCGCACAGCUCGGCCCCGACGAGGUCCUCUCCCGGCUCCAUGGCCUGCGGCAGGCCCACGUCUUCCUAGCCGUCUUCGCGCCGUUCGCCAUGGCCACCCUCUACCUCCUUUGCCGCCCUCGCAGCGUGUACCUGGUGGACUACGCUUGCUGCCGGCCGAACUCCAACUGCCGCGUAUCCAUAGGCUCCUUCACCGAGAGCGCUCGCCUGUCGCCGUACAUCGACGAGGGCACCUUCCGUUUCAUCACGCGCAUGCUGCGGCGGUCGGGGCUGGGCGACCAGACCUACCUCCACCCUUCGCUGCACCAUAUCCCGCCGCGCUGCUGCCUGAGCGAGAGCCGCGACGAGGCGGAGCAGGUGGUCUUCGCGACCGUCGACGACCUGCUCGCCAAGACGGGCAUAAGCCCCGGAGCGAUCGACAUCCUGGUGACCAACUGCAGCGGCUUCACCCCGACGCCGAGCUUCACGGACAUGAUGGUGAACAGGUACAAGCUCCGAAGCGACAUCCGGCACGUGAACAUGUCCGGGAUGGGGUGCAGCGCCGGGGUGGUGUCCGUGGAGGUGGCGAGGAACCUCCUGCAGGCGGCGCCGCGGGGCGCGCACGCGCUGGUGGUGUCCACGGAGAUCACCUCCUUCAUCUACUACACGGGACCGGACCGGACGAUGCUGCUGCCAGGCGCGCUGUUCCGGAUGGGCGCGGCGGCGGUGCUGCUGUCGACGUCCAGGUCCAACAGGUCCCGGUUCCGGCUCACGCACAUUGUGCGGACGCUCACCGCCGCACAGGACAGGGCCUACCUGUGCGCGUCGCUGAAGGAGGACGAGCACGGGGAGACGGGGAUAUACCUGUCCAAGGACCUGGUGCCCGUCGCCGGAGAGACGCUCAAGGCCAACAUCGCCGCGCUGGGGUCCGUCGUCCUCCCGCCGUCCGAGAAGCUGCUCUUCGUGCUCUCCUUCAUCGCCCGGAAGGCGCUGGGCAGGAGGAUCAAACUGUACAUGCCGGACUUCCGCACGGCCUUCGAGCACUUCUGCGUGCACUCCGGCGGCCGGGCGGUGAUCGACGCGGUGCAAGCCAGCUUGCGGCUGUCGGACGAGAACGUGGAGCCGUCGCGGAUGACGCUUCACCGGUUCGGGAACACGUCGAGCAGCUCGCUGUGGUACGAGCUGGCGUAUAUCGAGGCCAAGGGGCGGGCGCGCAAGGGUGACCGGGUGUGGAUGGUCGGCUUCGGGUCCGGGUUCAAGUGCAACAGCGCCGUGUGGGAGUGCAUCAGGUCGCCCAGCGACACCAGUAUUCUUGGCGCCCCGUGGGCCGAUUCCAUCCAUCAGUAUCCUGUCAAGAUAAGUAAAGAGUAGGCUAAAGGGUGUGAUUGGAGUCCAGGCAAUCAUAUCCUUUGUUUGUUGAUGCUACCAUACUUCAAGAAUGUGU